ACCUUCAGAUGGAGAUGAAGUAGCAGCAGCAACAGACCCACAGAGUAACAGCAGCGUGUGUACCGCGGACCUGGAGCUUUUCUUCCAGGGGGGACACACAGGUGACGCACCGACCGACACUCAGCCGCCUCAGCGUGCAGAGGAGGAAAUUACUGCUGUUUGUUUCACCCCCGCCCCCCCGCGAUUGCCACAAUAGAUGUUCCUCAACUACAUGCAUUACGAUCUGAUCAUCUAAGCCCAGUCCGCCAAGAUGGAAAAUGCACACACUAAAUCGGCGAAUGAAGUUUUGGACAACUUCAGCGUCAACGAAAACACUGGGCUGACUCUGGAGCAAGUCAAAGCCAAUGUGGAGAAAUAUGGACCGAACGAGCUCCCCGCUGAAGAAGGAAAGUCCCUGUGGGAUCUGAUGGCGGAGCAGUUUGAAGACCUCAUGGUGCGGAUCCUGCUGCUCGCUGCCUGCGUGUCCUUCGUGUUGGCACUGUUUGAGGAGGGAGAGGAGUCAACCACCGCCUUUGUUGAGCCUAUUGUAAUUCUUCUCAUCCUCAUCGCCAACGCUAUUAUCGGGGUCUGGCAGGAGCGCAAUGCAGAGAAUGCCAUAGAGGCUCUGAAGGAGUACGAGCCAGAGAUGGGUAAGGUGUACCGUAUGAACCGUAAGGCUGUCCAGAGGAUCAAAUCCAGAGACAUCGUCCCGGGAGACAUCGUGGAGGUGGCAGUUGGUGACAAGGUGCCUGCUGACAUCAGAGUGACCUCUAUAAAGUCCACCACCCUGCGAGUGGACCAGUCCAUCCUCACAGGGGAGUCUGUGUCCAUCAUCAAACACACUGACCCUGUUCCUGACCCCAGAGCCGUCAACCAGGACAAAAAGAACAUGCUGUUUUCCGGCACAAACAUAGCUGCAGGCCGCGCUAUAGGUGUGGUCAUCGCCACCGGCGUUUCCACAGAGAUCGGUAAGAUCCGUAACCAGAUGGCAGCUACGGAGCACGAGAAGACGCCUCUGCAGCAGAAGCUGGACGAGUUCGGGCAGCAGCUCUCAAAGGUCAUCUCCCUGAUCUGUGUGGCUGUGUGGGUCAUCAACAUCGGCCACUUCGGGGACCCCGUCCACGGGGGCUCUUGGGUCAGAGGGGCCAUCUAUUAUUUCAAGAUUGCCGUGGCCCUGGCUGUGGCCGCCAUCCCCGAGGGUCUGCCUGCUGUCAUCACCACCUGCCUGGCCCUCGGAACGCGCCGCAUGGCCAAGAAGAACGCCAUCGUCCGCAGCCUGCCGUCAGUAGAGACCCUGGGCUGUACCUCUGUUAUCUGCUCGGACAAGACGGGGACCCUCACCACCAACCAGAUGUCUGUCUGCAAAAUGUUCGUUGCAGACAAGGUGGAAGAUACAAGCUGCAGCCUCCAUGAGUUCAAUAUAACUGGAUCUACAUAUGCCCCUGAGGGACAAAUACUGAAAGGAGACAAGCCCGUCCAGUGCGGAGACUUUGAUGGACUUUUGGAGUUGGCCACAGUGUGCUCAAUGUGCAAUGACUCUUCACUGGACUACAAUGAGGCCAAAGGGGUGUAUGAGAAGGUGGGUGAGGCCACAGAGACGGCUCUCAUCACCCUGGUGGAGAAGAUGAACGUCUUCAAGACUGACCUGUCCGGAGUCAGCAAGGUGGAACGUGCCGGUAUCUGCAACUCGGUGAUCAAGCAGUUGAUGAAGAAGGAGUUCACUCUGGAGUUCUCUCGUGACCGCAAGUCCAUGUCCGUCUACUGCACCCCCGUCAAGCCAGGGUCCCAGAGCAAGAUGUUCAUCAAGGGGGCUCCAGAGAGUGUGAUAGAGCGCUGUCAGUACCUGAGGGUGGGGACAGGGAAGGUCCCGCUGACCGACGCCUUGAGGGACCAGCUGCUGUCUAAGAUCAGGGACUGGGGGACGGGCAGGGACACACUGCGCUGCCUGGCCCUGGCCACUCGUGACGUCCCGCCACGCAAAGAGGACAUGGACCUGGAGAAUUCAAACAAGUUUGCAGGUUAUGAGUUGGGCCUCACAUUUGUUGGCUGUGUGGGCAUGCUGGACCCGCCCAGGAAGGAGGUGAUCGGUUCAGUGAAGCUGUGCAACGAGGCAGGCAUCCGCGUUAUUAUGAUCACGGGAGACAACAAGGGCACAGCUGUGGCUAUCUGCAGACGAGUUGGCAUCUUCGGCGAGGAUGACGACGUGACCGGAAUGGCCUACACGGGGCGCGAGUUCGAUGACCUCACGCUGGAGGAACAGAGAGAAGCCGUCAAACGGGGGCGAUGCUUCGCCCGCGUGGAGCCAGCUCACAAGUCUAAGAUCGUGGGAUUCCUGCAGUCAUUCAAUGAGAUUACUGCCAUGACAGGAGAUGGUGUGAACGACGCCCCCGCCCUGAAGAAAGCAGAGAUCGGCAUCGCCAUGGGCUCCGGCACAGCGGUGGCCAAGUCAGCGUCUGAGAUGGUGCUCUCUGAUGAUAACUUUUCCACCAUCGUGGCUGCCGUAGAGGAGGGCAGAGCCAUCUACAACAACAUGAAGCAGUUCAUCAGAUACCUCAUCUCCUCCAACGUGGGGGAAGUGGUCUGCAUCUUCCUGACAGCCAUCCUGGGGCUCCCUGAGGCUCUGAUCCCAGUGCAGCUGCUCUGGGUGAACCUGGUGACCGACGGCCUGCCAGCCACCGCCCUGGGCUUCAACCCCCCAGACCUGGACAUCAUGGACAAACCCCCCCGCAACCCAAAGGAGCCCCUCAUCUCUGGCUGGCUCUUCUUCAGAUAUUUGGCCAUUGGAGGAUAUGUGGGUCUUGGAACAGUAGGCGCUGCCACAUGGUGGUACCUGUAUGAUGAGGGCGGCCCACAAGUGUCCUUCUAUCAGCUGAGACACUUCAUGCAGUGCACUGAGGAUAACCCCAUGUUCAAGGGAAUCGACUGUGAUGUGUUUGAAUCCCGCUACCCCACAACCAUGGCCCUGUCUGUGCUGGUUACCAUCGAGAUGUUCAACUCACUCAACAGUUUGUCUGAGAACCAGUCCCUGAUCAGGAUGCCUCCCUGGGUCAAUUUCUGGCUGCUGGGAGCCAUCGUCCUCUCCCUCUCCCUCCACUUCCUAAUCCUCUACGUCGAGCCUCUGCCGUUGAUCUUCCAGGUGACCCCUCUGCACUGGUCCCAGUGGAUCGUGGUCCUGAAGAUUUCCAUCCCAGUCAUCCUCCUGGAUGAGGCACUGAAAUAUGUCGCCAGGAACUAUCUAGAAGGUGAUGAGGAAAGGAAAUACCGGAGGAGAUGGAAGCGGGACUAAGUCCUCUCCCUCUACACACUCACACACUAAAACACACGCCUCCCCUCUUCCCUUUACGAGCUAGAAACCUUUUCUCUCCCCUGUCCUCGUUCCCCCAAUCCUGCAUGUCCAACAAACACCACUAGAAAUGAGGUGUGUGUGUGUGUGUGUGUGUGUGUGUGUGGUGUGUGUGUGGUGUGUGUGUGUUGUGUGUGUGUGUGUGUGU